AUGACUCAACAACCAUUGCUGACCCUGGAGGGGCUGGACUUGGAUGGUGACCGAAGUUCCAUCGGCAGCAAAUGGGAGAGAUGGAAGAGGUCAUUAUUUAUAUAUAUUGAUGCCACAGAUGUCACAUCAGAUGUGAAGAAACGAGCCACAUUACUGCACUUCGGGGGAACAAGCCUGCAAGAUAUUUACUACAACUUACCUGGUGCAGAGGUUAAAGCUGCAGCGGGAGUAGAUGUUUUCGACACAGCAAUAAAAAAACUUGAUGAAUACUUCGUUCCCAAGACUAACCGGGUUUUUGAGCGUCACAUUUUCAGACUGAUCAAACAAGAAGAUAAAGAAAAGUUUGAAAGUUUUUUAGUCCGACUUCGGAAACAAGCUGAGAAAUGCAGUUUCGAUAAAAAAGAUGACCACUUGAUUGACCAGAUCACUGAAAAAUGUAAUUCAGCUGAACUACGCAAGAAGAUUCUCACAAUAGGUGACAGCAUUACCUUAGAAAAGAUAGUGACUGAGGCGAAUACAUUAGAAGUAGUCAAUGACCAAUUAGAAAUAUAUGAUAAAAAACAAGGAAGCUCAGAUAAUAAGCAAGAAAACCAAGAAGUUAAUGCCAUUUACAAUAGAAAUAAGAAGGAUGGUGCUUACAGAACUAGGAAAGAAGAAACACACGGAAAAAGUGAUACAAUACUUUGUGGACGUUGCGGGAAGAAGAACCAUCAAACCGAUUGCAAAGAGUGUCCUGCAUUGGUUAAAACUUGUUUUGGUUGUGGCAAGAGGGGACAUUUCCGUCAAUAUUGCAGAACAAGUGGCAUGAAAAGGAAAUUGGAUAAUCACUCAAGUAAGAACAUAAAGGGAAACAAAAAAGCAAGAGUUGAAGUUGAUUAUGUUUUUAAUAUUGACAACGAUGCCAUAAUUGAAUGCACCUUGGGUGGAAUCAAGACUGAUUUGCUGGUUGAUUCUGGUUGCAGGCCCAACCUUAUUACAGGAGAAACUUGGGAAACCUUGAAAAGUUUAGGAGCUAUAGCAACCAACCAAACAUCCAACCCAACCAGAUCUCUUAUGGCAUAUGGCAGUCACACUCCACUCAAUGUUAAAGGAUCAUUUGAAACUAUAAUAAAGGCAAAUGGUCGCGAAGAAUAUGCAACAGUUUAUGUUAUUGAGGGAGGCACGCAAGACUUGUUAGGCAGAGAAACGGCAACACGUCUGGGCGUCUUGAAAAUUUGUGUAGAUGUGAAUAAAAUUGAUGAAGAUGUCAAUUCAAAACCGUUUCCCAAGCUCAAGGAUGUACUGGUAGAAAUCCCUAUUGACCAGAGUGUACAACCAGUAUCACAGCCAUACCGGAGAAUACCAUUACCUAUAGAACAAAAAGUUGAGAACAAGAUCCAAGACUUACUUGCUCGAGACAUCAUUGAAGAAGUUAAUGGACCUUCACGAUGGGUGUCUCCAAUGGUGCCCAUUAUGAAAGAAAAUGGAGAUUUGCGGCUGUGUGUGGAUAUGCGACGUGCCAAUACCGCUAUUUUAAGGGAAAAUCAUCCUUUGCCAUGUAUGGAUAAACUAUUACCGGAAAUUGGAAAAGCUAAAUAUUUUAGUAAGCUUGAUAUCAAGGACGCUUUCCACCAGUUGGAAUUACACCCGGAUUGUAGACACAUAACCACCUUUAUAACAGCUAAAGGGCUCUACCAAUAUAAAAGGCUCAUGUUUGGAAUUUCUUGCGCUCCAGAGAUAUUUCAAAAAGUUUUGGAAAAGCUUUUAGUUAAAUGUGACGGAGUGUUAAACUUCAUAGAUGACAUAUUAGUUUUUGGAGACAAUGAAGAACAACAUGACAUGCGACUGGCAAUGGUGUUGAAAGUGCUUAAGGAGAAUGACAUACUACUCAAUGAACAGAAGUGCAUAUACAAGGUAAGGAAGGUCCAUUUCUUGGGACACGAACUAUCACCAAGUGGAGUGAAACCAUUGCCAAAGUAUAUGGAGAGCAUUUCUAACUUCAGGCUUCCGGCAACAACAGAAGAACUACAGAGUUUUUUAGGACUUGUGAAUUAUGUAAACAAGUGGUUGCCUAAUUUAGCCACCAGAACGGAACCUUUAAAAGAAUUGUUAAGGAAAAAACUGGGAAAAAAGGCUGACAUCAAACCAUAUUGGACUAGUGAACAAGACAGGGCAUUUACAGAGCUGAAAGAGGCACUAAGCAAAAUACAGUCGCUAGGAUAUUACGAUAUUAAUGACAAAACCCAAGUUAUUGCUGACGCGAGCCCUGUUGGCCUUGGAGCUAUUCUAAUACAAACUGAUUCAAAUGGCCCGCGAAUAAUCGCGUAUGGAAACCGGACACUAACAGACUGCGAAAGAAAAUACAGUCAAACGGAGAAAGAGGCUCUUGCACUAGUUUGGUCUGUUGAACAUUUUAAUAUAUUUCUCUUCGGCAAGAAGUUUGAUCUCAUUACAGAUCACAAGCCAUUGGAAAUAUUGUUUGGACUAAAAUCAAAGCCUUGUGCACGCAUUGAACGUUGGGUGCUGAGACUCCAAUCAUAUGAUUAUAACGUAAUCUACAGGCCAGGAAAGGUGAAUAUCGCGGAUCCGUUAUCUCGCCUAUGCAAAUUGAUAGAUGCACAAUCUAGAGGAGGAGACGAACAUAUACAUCAAAUUGUCGAGCAAGCAAGACCACAUGCGAUUUCAAUGUCUGCCAUUAUUGAAGCUUCGGUGAAUGAUGAAGAAGUAAGAGGCGUUAAAAAGGGAGUCUAUGAAAAAGAAUGGAAUGAGUCUGUCAAAGGUUAUAAAAUAUUUGAGAAUGAGCUAUGUUUCUACGGUGAUAUUUUACUUCGAGGAAACCGAAUUGUGAUACCUCAGAAAUUGAGGAAAGGAGUACUGGACGCUGCGCACGAAGGCCACCCUGGGAUUGUUGCAAUGAAGGGUAGGCUCAGGUCAAAGGUGUGGUGGCCAAGAAUCGACAAGGAUGCAGAAAAUUUGGUUAAAUCCUGCAAGAGUUGCACCCUUGUAGGACUACCAAAUCCUCCAACACCCCUGAAGAGACGCGAACUUCCUUUAGCUCCGUGGGUUGAUGUCGCGAUGGAUCUUUUAGGACCAUUACCUAACAAUGACUACCUGCUAGUGGUAGUAGAUUAUUACAGCCGCUAUAAAGAAGUUAAAAUCAGCAAGAUAGUAACCAGUUGUCAAAUUAUAAAGCUGCUCAAAGAAAUUUUUAGCAGGCUAGGUUACCCUGUCUCAAUAACUGUAGACAACGGCCGGCAGUUUGUGAGCGAAGAGUUUCGAUCGUUUUGCGAAGAAUGCAAUAUCAUCGUUCACAACACAGUACCGUAUUGGCCCCAGAUGAACGGAGAGGUCGAAAGACAGAAUCGUGACAUAAUGAAACGCCUCAAGAUCAGUCAUUUGGAGAAAAAGGACAUUAAAGAAAGUUUGAUGGAGUACUUAUUAAUGUAUAACAGUACGCCCCAUUCAUCCACAGGCAAGUCACCAUCAGAAUUGUUCUUUAGAAGGCAGAAUAGAGAUAAAAUUCCAUCUAUUGAUAGAUUUGAAAACACUACUGUUGACCUGGGUGUACGAGAGCGUGAUAAGAUACAGAAAGAAAAAGGGAAAGAAUAUGCAGACAAAAGAAGAGGUGCUACUGAGUCUAGUCUAACUGAAGGAGAUAAAGUAUAUGUCAAGAAUAUGGACAAAGGACAUAAACUCAGCUCAAACUACAAUCCAACACCUCAUACGGUACAAAGUGCUACUAGAGGCGACAUCUCAGUGAAAAAUGAUAUAACUGGGCAAGUACUGAGGAGAAAUGUAGUUCACCUGAAAAGAGUAGAAGGACAGUGGGAAGCUGUGCAGAGGAAAGACCAGGAAGAAGGAACUGGUGGGGAACAAGGUGAUAGUAAUAAUGAGCUGUGA